AUGGUAAACGCUGGCGCGGUUGCAUUUCCCCCCUUCGUUACCGGUCACAUUGUAACGAAUGCCCUCUCGCACAUCGGAAGUCCCGAAGCCUUAAUCCUCCGCAUUGUCCUUAUCCUCACGGCAUUAAUCGGACCUGCGAUCUUCACCCUUACCACCGCUGUACAGAUAGGAGUACAAGAUGCCCCACCUAGCCCGAGAGCUAUUGGAGCUCUCACUGCGAUGGUGAAGUCAGCUAACAGUAUUAUGCAGGCUGCGGUUCCUGCAUUCACGCAACGGGUUUUCCAAUCAGUGCUCGUGAGCGGAUACUACGACGAAAUUUGA